CGUCCGGCCGUGUGCUCCAUUUCCGCCUUCUCCCACGUGGUCCGGCUCGGGCUCAGUCCGCAGCGUCGUGAGUGGGACCGGGUCGGGGCGCGCCCCACUGGUCCCAGCGUGGGUGCUUGGUGUCUCACCGACUCCUGGGGGGAAGCCGGCCGGGCGAGCGAGAGGACAAGGGGGACCAGGAGGGACUGGGAGGUCAGAGGUCAGCCUGGGGGUCAGGGGACGUCGGAGGUUAUCCGCAGGCGGAACUGGAGUGUGAGAGGGUCCUGAAGGAGUUUGCCCCCCAUGGCGGGGAAUGGGGAGGCCCCGGUGCCAGUGGGGACUGGGCAGGAACAGGACAAGAAGGCCCGGAGUGGCUGGCAGGGUGCUGCCAGGAUCUGGGAGGAAACAGAACAGCAGGCAAAAAAGCUCAAGAGCAGCGAGGAUGGGGAGCAGCGUAGGAAGCUGCCCAAGCGGAAGAUUGUUCUGCUCAUGGCCUAUUCCGGGAAGGGCUACCAUGGCAUGCAGAGGAAUGUUGGGUCCUCACAGUUCAAGACCAUUGAAGAUGACCUGGUGUCCGCCCUGGUCCGGUCGGGUUGUAUUCCUGAGAAUCACGGGGAAGACAUGAGGAAAAUGUCCUUCCAGCGCUGCGCCCGGACUGACAAGGGUGUGUCUGCGGCUGGCCAGGUCGUGUCCCUGAAGGUGUGGCUGAUUGAUGACAUUUUAGAAAAGAUCAACAGUCACCUUCCUUCUCACAUUCGGAUUCUGGGACUGAAGAGGGUCACAGGCGGCUUCAACUCUAAGAACAAGUGCGAUGCCAGGACCUACUUCUACAUGCUGCCCACGUUCGCUUUCGCCCACAAGGACCAUGAUGUGCAGGACGAGACGUACCGGCUGAGCACAGAGACGCUGCAGCGUGUGAACCGGCUCCUUGCCUGCUAUAAGGGCACCCACAACUUCCAUAACUUCACCUCACAGAAGGGGCCACGGGAGCCCAGUGCCCGGCGCUACAUCCUCGACAUGUUCUGCGAGGAGCCCUUCGUGCGUGAGGGCAUGGAGUUCGCAGUGAUCAAGGUCAAGGGCCAGAGCUUCAUGACGCAUCAGAUCCGGAAGAUGGUGGGCCUGGUGGUGGCCAUCAUCAAGGGCUACGCGCCCGAGAGCGUGCUGGAGCGCAGCUGGGGGGAGGCGAAGGUGGACGUGCCCAAGGCGCCAGGGCUUGGCCUGGUCCUGGAGAGGGUGCACUUCGAGAAGUACAACCAGCGCUUCGGCCACGAUGGGGUACACGAGCCACUGGACUGGGCACGGGAGGAGGCGGAGGUCAUGGCCUUCAAGGAGCAGCACAUCUACCCCACGAUCAUUAGCACCGAGCGCCACGAGAAGUCCAUGGCCCAGUGGCUGAGCACCCUGCCCAUGCACAACUUCAGCGCCACCGCCCAGGAGGCGGCUGGCCUGGGCUCCAAGGACCCCAACCCCUUGGAAGGCAGUGAAGGGGACGGUGAUAGCGACUGAGGCCUGGGCCAUCCCCAGAGCGUAAUGGAAUUGGCCCAUGACACACGCCAGGACCUGCCAGCCUGCUGUUGGCUGUGUGCCUCACCGAGACCUGAGAGUCUCCGAGUGGCCUCCUAACCUCAGGAUCUUGAGACCUGCAUCAUUUGGAGUUUUCAUCACAGGGAGAACCUGCUGGGAAUCUAUUUUCAGCUCACGCGUUGACUACAUACACCUCAGCAUGUAAAGACAUUAUUUUUUUAAAGAAGCGAUUUUCUUAUUAAAUAAGUACAGACUUU